AACUAACUGUUCUGCUAUUUUCACCUGCUGCUACGGCUCAGCCGGGGCGCCUAUCACAUUAAAAAGUGCCAGAAUGGCGGCGUAAACGAAGCUCUUUAUCGGUGGCUAACGUUAGCUUGUUGUUGUGUCGUAACAACUUUUUAGCACCUCAAAGCUAACUUCACUAUAGCCAGCUAACGUUAACUAAGGGCUAAGUUACAUGUGCUCCAGCUGUGCUACACAUCAUCCAGGUACAUCUCAUCUGGUGAGGCGCAGCCCACAAACACAGCAUGUCCUCCCAGGAAGGCGGGGCUGCAGAGUCGGGCCUUAACGCAGCUGCAGCAUCCACUUCUCGCUCCGCUAUGAACGAUGGCGACGUCCUUGCUGUCACCAUCGGAGCGACCGUGCCUACAGGAUUCGAGCACACUGCUGCAGAAGAGGUCAAGGAGAAAAUUGGGGUCGAUGCACAAAUCGGGAAAGAUCGUGGUCGCAUCUACUUUCCAAUAACCACCGACAAGCUUUCCCAGGUACAUCUUCUGAGGUCUGUGGACAACCUGUUUGUGGUGGUUGCGGAAUACGAUCAUUACCCAUUCAAAGAAUCAAAGGAAGAGACAUUGACGGAGAUGAUGCAGCUCGCCUCCAAACUCCCCUGGACUGAUGCCUUGGCGGUUUGGAAGCUAAAUGGCAAAUUAAAAAAGAGGAAAGGCUACCGGAAGGGAGGAAAUGUCACCAAAGCCAAAUCCAAUUGUGAGGUGACGGAUGCGGCCGUGGACGACACCGAGCAGCCAAAGCUACCUCAGGCGCUGUCUGCUGCCGGAAGCCAGACUAAAGCAGAGAGCACUGCUGCCAUGGAGACCAGCACCACGGACUCGGAAGAGGCAGAAACCGCGGCCAAACUCCUAAAGUUCCGUGUGACGUGCAACAGGGCCGGUGAUAGGCACAGCUUUUCCUCCAAUGAGGCGGCCAGAGACUUUGGCGGAGCUGUGCAAGAAUUUUUCCAGUGGAAGGCGGACAUGACGAAGUUUGACGUAGAGGUGUUACUAAACAUACACAAUGAAGAGAUGGUGAUCGGCAUCGCUCUCACUGAAGAGAGUCUGCACAGGAGAAACAUCAGUCACUUUGGACCCACCACUCUGCGCUCCACCUUGUGUUACGGCAUGCUCAGGCUUUGUAAACCUCAGGCAUCCGAUAUAAUACUUGACCCAAUGUGUGGGACUGGAGCUAUACCAUUGGAGGGGGCCAUUGAAUUUAACAGCUCAUUCUACGUUGCCGGUGACAACAAUGACAUGGCAGUUAACCGCACAGUAAAUAAUGUGUGUCACAUCCAGAAACGGAUGGCGGAGAAAGGCGGUGCAUCUGGAUUGCCCAUUGACACCAUACAGUGGGAUCUUUGCAAUUUACCCAUAAGAACAGGCUCCGUCGACAUCGUCGUCACUGACAUGCCCUUUGGCAAGAGAAUGGGCUCCAGGAAGAAGAACUGGGACCUUUACCCGUCCUGUCUGAGAGAAAUGGCUCGUGUGUGCACACCAGGAACAGGGAAAGCUGUCUUGUUAACACAGGACAAGAAGUGCUUUACUAAGGCUAUCUCCAGAAUGGGGGGGCUGUGGAAGAGGCUGCACACUGUUUGGGUCAAUGUCGGGGGUUUACAUGCUGGAGUCUACCUCCUCAAGCGGACCGGGGGCGUGUUUGGCCAAACUCCAGAGGAUGUCUAUGAAUCAAGAGGGACAGUUAAAGCUUGCGGGGACGAGAACAGCGACAAGGAGCUCGCUUGAUUCACAUCCUGCGUAGAAGUUCUGAGUUUAUAUUUCAGGCUGUGUAGGAUCAACAUUAUUUAUAUUCUUUUAAUUAUUAACUUUUUUUUAUUUUAUUUGUUCAGGUUCUCUGGUCAAGUUGUCAGAACAUCUUUUGGGAAUCUUUUUUUUGUAUUUUUCAUUUUGGUUAAAUGUCAUGAAUGGCUAACUGGAAAGAGAAAAUAUAUGUUCAUGUUCCGCAGCAGUUGAUUAGUUUUCUCUUUGUUUGAUUGAGGCAGUUCAUUUUUCACAUUGCUGUUCAGAAACCCGCUAAAAAUAGUUUCGCUGCACUCCUCCGACCCGCUGAACCCACUCUGCAAGAACUUCUCAUUGCCAUGUUGGUCUGAUUAAUAAAGAUUUAAACCAAAUGUCA